GUACGUUUUCUUUUGGGUAAAACCACAGCACCUUCGGCGGAGAAGCACACGUCUGAGCGGGAGGCGGGGCCUCGCUAAUCCUCACAGCCAAUAAGAGCGUCCCUCACAGCGAGAGCGGAGAACUCCCCUUCUGGUCUGCAGGCGGUUCUUCACGGUGCCAUCGCCACGACGACAGAAGCCAGACGACAUGAAUCUGGAGGCGCCCAAAGCUGAGAUCAAAUCGGCCACCCGGGUGAGCGGGGGCCCCGCCACCCCGCGCAAAGGACCCCCCAAGUUCAAGCAGAGGCAGACGCGCCAGUUCAAGAGCAAGCCCCCCAAGAAGGGCGUGCAGGGGUUUGGCGAUGACAUCCCGGGGAUGGAGGGCUUGGGAACCGACAUCACCGUCAUCUGUCCCUGGGAGGCCUUCAACCACCUGGAGCUGCACGAGCUGGCCCAGUACGGAAUCAUCUGAGCUGGAACUGUGGACUGGAACAAACACACCAAUGGAAAGAAAACUAAAUGUCACAGUAUCCGCGGGUCUUUAGGAUCCUUGUAUCUGCAACGUCACAUGACCCCGCCGCUCGCCGUGGACGCCUUCAGAACCAUGAUGUUACCAUGUGACCGCUUUAACACCUGUACCGCAUAAAUCUUGUGUCUUCAUCUGGUCUCGCCUUGUUCUACGUCUGACCCAGUCCACAAGAUGCCAUUCAUGGAUCUUUGAAGUAGUCCAAUCUGGACCAGCUAUUCAAAAGGUUAUAUUUACAUAUAUACAUACAUAUAUACUGUGUACAUAUAUACAAUUACAUAUACCUUUACAAAUACAUAUAUACCUGAACAUACAUACAUACAUACAUACAUAUACCUUUACAAAUACAUAUAUACCUGUACAUACAUACAAUAUAUACAUUUACAUAUACCUUUACAAAUACAUAUAUACAUACAUACAUACUGUAUAUAUAUGUAUACAUUUACAUAUACCUUUACAAAUACAUAUAUACAUACAUACAUACUGUAUAUAUGUAUACAUUUACAUAUACAUUUACAAAUACAUAUAUAACUGUACAUACAUACAUACAUACAUACAUACAUACAUACAUACAUACAUACUGUACAUACAUACAUACAUACAUAUAUACAUUUACAUACACCUCUACAAAUACAUAUAUACCUGUACAUACAUUCAUACAUAUAUACAUAUAUACAUUUACAUAUACCAUUACAAAUACAUAUAUAAUACCUGUACAUACAUUCAUACAUACAUACAUACAUACAUAUAUACAUCUACAUAUACCUUUACAAACACAUGUAUACAUACAUACAUACAUACAUACAUACAUACAUACAUACAUACAUACAUACAUACAUACAUACAUAUAUACAUAUAUACAUUUACAUACACAUUUACAAAUACAUAUAUACAUGUACAUACAUUCAUACAUAUAUACAUAUAUACAUUUACAUAUACCAUUACAAAUACAUAUAUAAUACCUGUACAUACAUACAUACAUACAUACAUACAUACAUACAUACAUACAUACAUACAUAUAUACAUCUACAUAUACCUUUACAAACACAUGUAUACAUAUAUACACAUAAACAUAUAUACAUUUAGAUAUACCUUUACAAAUACAUAUAUAAUACCUGUACAAACAUACAUACAUACAUACAUACAUACAUACAUACAUACAUACAUACAUGCAUGCAUACAUACAUACAUUAAUAUAUACAUUUACAUAUACCUUUACAAAUACAUACAGGUAUAUACCUGCACAUACAUACAUAUAUAUAUAUACAUAUAUACAUCUACAUAUACCUUUACAAAUACAUAUAUACAUUCAUACAUAUAUAUGUAUAAAU